AUGACUGAUGACACGGUUACCCGACUCUCCUACUCAGGGAUUGACAUGAAAACAGACCAAUGCGGAAAUCAGACUGAGUCCAGAUCACAGAGCAUCUCCUCUGGAAAUGAGACAUCGAAGAUCUCGUCAAUUGCAGGUAUUUGUGCUGCUUGGAGAGUGCGGCAAAUGAUGAAUGCUUUCUCUCGUAGCCUACCUAAAGCACUCCAUUUGGGCUCCCCUGCGAGAACCGCCAAAGAUGAUAUGAUUUUGCCCGGUGGGUACAAACUUCCCGAAGACUCUGUCGUUGUGGGGGCAUUGCACCACCUGCACAAUAACUCAAAUGUUUGGGACAAUCCUGCGCGCUUUGACCCGGACCGUUGGGAUACAGAGGUCGUUAAAAACCGUCACAAGACCGCUUAUAUUCCUUUCGCGACGGGUCCGCGGAUGUACAUUGGCUUCAACUAUGCGCUUCAAGAGGUCAAGGUCUUCCUGCCUGAGUUAAUUUAUCGAUACAAGUUCACCCGGGAAGGAGAUUCAACUCAACUCAUCCGAGCAAACAGUCUCUACGUGAGGGCCGAACGGCGGGUGAAAUGGCCUCCAAAGACGGAUUUCAGGCCGACGGCUUCAUUAGAGUUAGUCGGAUGAUUCUUGACUCUUACGUUCUUGUACAUAAUGAGCUUUUUGAGAAACCCUAACCCUUGAUAUUCCUCAACUUGUGCCCUUUUU